AUGGCAGUGUUGCCACCAUCCAUGAUUGUAUUGUGUAGGUGGUGUUUGACCAUAAUUGAGGGUAGAUUGAGUGGGAUUGGGGUCGAAGACCCCAUCCAUUGGCCUAAUUCUCCUUGGCGCCUUCUUCAGGUAGCAUGGGAUGAACCCGAUCUACUACAAAAUGUGAAACGAGUCAACCCAUGGUUAGUUGAAUUGGUAUCAAAUAUGCCCGCAAUCCAUCUCUCCCCUUUUUCCCCACCAAGAAAGAGGUCGCGGCUACCACAUCCUCCAGAAUUACCCUUUGUUGGUCAACUAUCAGUCCCAUCACUUCUUAGCAACACCCUCAGUCUCAGCAGCCCCUCGUGUUUUUUAAGGCACAAUAUUUCUGCUGGCAUACAGGGAGCCAGGCAUGCUCAAUUCCGAUUAUCUUCACCGGAUCUCCACUUCAAAAAUCUGCAGGCAGGACUGCACUUGUUUGAGUCAAAGAAACUCGAAUAUCCCAUGGAAAAUCCCAUCUUUGAUUCAAUACCUUGCUUGCCGGUGACAGUAGGAAACUCUACCCAAAAUUUAAAGACAGAGAAUGGAAUGAAAAAGCCUAUAUUUUUCUUGUUUGGUCAACCAAUUCUUACAGAGCAGCAAAUCUCUCAAAGCUGCUCUUUAGAUAAUCAAGAGAAUACAGCAAAUCUCUCUAAUGGAUCUGGAUCGGCAGUAAUUCAGAAUUUUCCACAAGAAAACUCUUUGGAUGAAGAGUUUCCUCGCUUCAAAGAUCAAAAACUGGAGUCCGGGUUGGAGACAGGACAAUGUAAAGUGUUUAUGGAGUCCGAGGAUAUUGGUCGGACCCUUGACUUAUCAGUUUUUCACUCGUAUGAAGAACUAUACAAAAAGUUGGCAGCCAUGUUCGGUAUGGAAAAAUCGGAAAUGUUGAGCAACGUGCUAUACAGUAAUGCUGCAGGCACCACUAAAAAUGCCGGAGAUGAACCCUUCAGUGCUUUUAUGAAGAACGCGAAAAGGCUAACAAUUUUAAGGGAUUCAGGCAGUGACAACUUGGGGAGUCUGAUAAGAAAUUGAUCUUUGUCAUUGUAAAGUUUGACUGCUACAAGUGUCCUUUUGUAAUAUCCAUUUUAAAUUUUGGAAGGUGUGGAAAAUAUCCCACUUUCAACUAAAUUUUGAGAUGUAUGCUCAAACUUGUGUGUGACUGCUUCACUUAUGGGAAUGCAAAUUCUUUUCGAAUCA